AUGAUGGAGGUCUUGCGAGGAACUGUCGGCGCUGCGUGCCGGCGGCUCGCGAAGGAGGAUAGGGCCAUAGCGUUCGUACAAGUCGGUGAAGAGGAGCUUCUCGAGAAGGCACUGAAACCAUUCAAGCGGAUCGUCGAGAAGGAAGGGAUCGUCCGAGAGUGGAAACGGCGUGAGUACUUCGAGAAGCCGUCGACGGUUCGCAACAAGCGGCGCAAGGCGAUGGAACGCAAGCGCCUGAAGAAAAUGCGCAAGAUCCAGACCCAACUGAAACGCUGA